AUGAGCAAAAAAGUGACGCUUUUGCAAUGCGGAAGCUUCAAUCCGCCGCACCUGAUGCAUUUGCGCAGCCAGGAGCUGGCGAAAAUCCACUUGGAGAAGCUUCAACGCACCGUGAUUGCCGGCUGGAUGUCGCCGGUAUCAGAUGGUUACAAGAAGACGGGAUUAGUUUCCUCAAAGCAUCGCAUCGAAAUGCUAAAACGCGCGACCAGGGAUUCAAACUGGAUCAAGGUCUCCACCUGGGAAGCGGACAAACCCGAAUGGACCCCGACAGCUGAAGUUGUUCAAUUUCAUGUGGAAAAGUCAAAGGAAGAAUUUGACGCGCAAACUUAUCUUUUACUCGGCGGCGAUGCAUUUGCGAGCUUUAAUCGACCAAAUCUAUGGACUGAUUCGGAUGUAGAAAUGAUUGCUUCAAAUGGCAUUAUCGUUAUUGCAAGAGAAGGAAGCAAUGUCGAAAAUGUCAUCAAUGAAAAUAAGAUUCUGAGUCAAUACAAAAGUAAUAUCGAAGUUGUCGAUCCCGGAAUCGUAAAUGGCCUUUCUUCGACUUACAUUCGCCAGCUGCUGAGGCAGAAGCAGUCGAUAAAAUAUUUGGUCCCGGAAGAAUUGAGAAAGUACUUGGAAGAGAAUGAAAUUUACUCGUCCGAGUCUGAGUGUUCCAAUAAAGAUACAGUUCUUGCGCCUCUUCAGAUAAAGAUGAAUGAGCAUGAUGAUCGCGUCCCUCACUCAUCGGGAAUUACUGAGGCCUCAGAAAAUCUGGUCGGAACGGGGCGAGUUUUGGACGAAUUCUCGUGCGAUAUUUGUGGAAUGUCAGCGCCAUACGAAGUUUAUGACGACAGACCUCCGAAAAGAGGAGUCACCAGGACGAUUCGAUACCGAGAAAAAUGUUACAUUAUGCAGGAUCCAUUCCGACCCCCUUCCGAAAGACUUCCGUUAGUCGUCGGAGCUCCUUGCAGCGAAUGCGACCGAAAGAUGGUUUGUAUGGAGUGCUCACUUUUCUUCAGUCGAAGAUUUUGCAUCAAGUGUGUGCGUAGAUACGAAUCCGAAUUUCCACACCAACUGGGCAAAGAAAUCAAGAAAUUGAAAGACCACUACGAAAAAGUGAAGGAACAGUCGAAGAUCGACAAGAUCGAAGCGAGUAGAUCUGGGAAGUCCAAAAAGUAG